UUGUCAUUUCAACGUAUUUAAUCCAACCCUUUACAAUUUUCCCCUCUUUCUCUCUCAUCAAAACGCAACAAAUUUCAAAUUUUAGGGCAAAAUAAAUGGAUGCGAAAAUCGGAAAAUUCUUUGAAUCCGUCGGAAAUUUCUUCGGCGGCGGCGAUCAAAUUCCUUGGUGUGAUCCUGACACUAUUUCUGGACUUGAGCGAGAGGUUGCUGAAGCUGCUAAUUCCAGUGAUGAACAGAGAAGUGAAUGUCUGAUGAGGCUAUCAUGGGCUCUUGUCCAUUCUAGGCGUGCUGAGGAUGUGCAGCGAGGGAUAGCUAUGGUUGAAGCAUCACUAGCUAAUACAAGCAGCGGUCCACUUGAAAGGAGAGAGAAGAUUUAUCUGCUCGGUGUGGGAUACUACAGAAGUGGUGAUUUUGCAAGAAGCAGGCAACUUGUGGAACAGUGUCUUGAGAUUGCACCUGACUGGAGGCAAGCAUUAACCUUGAAGAAAAAUGUGGAAGAUCGAAUUGCCAGAGACGGUGUUAUUGGGAUUGGCAUAACAGCUACUGCAGUGGGACUUCUUGUUGGAGGAAUUGCUGCAGCUGUGGCACGUAAGAAGUGAGAAAGUUAAAUUUUGUUCAAGUCAAGUGACAACUGCAACUAUCAUAUCUCUUGACUCUUUCCUGUGUAGACGCGAUGCCUAUAUAUACUUUGUGCAUGGAUGAACUUGAUAAAUAAUCUUUUCAACGUAAUUAGGAGUUUUUUGUUCUUCAUACAUAACCAGACUUGUUGUAUCCCCAUCAGGCAGUUUUGAUUUUACUUUGCUAUCAAAUGCUGUAUAAGAUUUUUAUGUCGACUUACUUGUCUCAUCAGUUGAUGUUUUUAUUGAAUGUAUCAACUUUUUCUAGA